GUCACAUGGAGUUCCGGUUCGUUCUCCUCAUGUAGUCUUCCUGCCCUAAACAUUAGUAUACUUGUAUACUUGUAAUCGGUUUUUGUCUUAAUAUUUUAUUGUAUCCUUUUUUAAAUUAUGUAUGUAUAAAGAUAAACCAGGUUGGACAGUCUACAAUUUGUUAGUGCAAUCAUUAUAACCUAUCUAAUAGGUACAAUUUGUUUAUUUAAAGUAGAUUUCUUUAAAAAUGUUUACCACAAAAGCUUUUAUAAAAAAGACGAAAAUUGGAAAUUUUUUAAAAAAUGUUAGAGAGCAUUAUAUACGAGACGAUAUAUCUUGCGGUUUCUCAGCUUGUGAGAGAUGUAUUCCGGUGGAGUCACAUUUAUCAUCAGAUCACCAAAAUGAAUGCUCAUUGUUUAAAUUUAAUCAUUAUCUAAUAUUUGAUACGAAUGUUAUUCUUGAUCAGAUGGACGUUUUGGAAGAGGCGACUCUCGGGAAUGUAAUCAUUUUACAUACGGUUCUGAAGGAAGUUAAACAUCGCAGUUUGCCAAUGUAUAAGCGACUGUAUAGCAUUAUAGAGAAUCCUAGUAGACAUUUUUUUAUUUUUACCAAUGAUCAUCAUAAGGAUACCUACUUACCAGAAGAUGAUGGUGAACUAAUAAAUGAUUAUAAUGAUAGAUGUAUUAGAAAAGCUUGUCUUUGGUACAUGCAACAUUUACCUAAUCAGAAAUUUGUCUUCCUUAGUGAUGAUGUGAAGAAUAGAAAUUUAGCAAUAGAAGAAGGCAUUUUUGCUUGUUCAAUUUCAGAAUAUGUGAAACAUUUAAGAAAUUGUUCUGCUUUGGAAGAUAAAUUGUUGAGGAAAGAUUUCCAUAUAGAUAGCAAUACAAAAGAUGUUUUCCCACCUCAUUUGACAACUGUUGAGCUUUUGACCGGGAUAAAAGAUGGACAUUUACACCAGGGUACCUUUAGAGCAUCUAGAGAUAAUUUUUUGGAAGGCUUUGUUAAUGUGGAUUCUUUUGAUGAUCCUGUAAUUGUGCAAGGACGUAAAGGUUUAAACAGAGCUGUGGAUGGAGAUGUUGUGGUUGUAGAAAUAUUUAAAGAAGAAGACUGGGUGUCGCCAAGUGAAAUAGUCCUAGAAGAUGAAGGAGAAGCAGAGGAAAAUAUCGAUGAAGUUGAAAUAAAAGAAAGAGAACUGAAACAGUCGACUCAUACGAAAAAAGGUGAAAUAAAACCAACUGGAAAGAUUGUAGGUAUUAUUAGGAGGAAAUGGAGACAGUAUUGUGGGAUUUUACAAGGUGGUAUGGAUGGCAUAUAUCAAUUAUUUGUGCCAGCUGAUAAAUCUAUACCAAAAAUUAGAAUAGAGACUAGGCAAGCUGAUUUUCUGAGGACUCAAAAACUGAUUGUUACAAUUGAUUCUUGGCCAAGACACUCCAGAUAUCCUCAUGGGCAUUUUGUAAGGGCAUUAGGUAAAAUUGGUGACCAAGAUACAGAAAAUGAAGUUAUUUUAUUAGAACACGAUGUUCCUCACAGUCAGUUCUCAGAAGAAGUGCUUAGCUGUCUGCCCAAGAUGCCAUGGAUAAUAACAGAAGAGGAUGUCAAACGUAGAGUUGACCUUCGUCAUAUUGACAUAUGCUCUGUCGAUCCUCCUGGAUGCACCGAUAUUGACGAUGCUCUGCAUUGCCGACCAAUAUCAGAUGAUAAAUUAGAAGUUGGUGUACAUAUAGCAGAUGUAUCUCAUUUUAUUAGACCUGGUACUGCAAUAGAUUUAGAAGCUGCAUCGAGAGCUACCACGGUUUAUCUGGUUAAUAAACGUAUCGAUAUGGUUCCAGAAUUACUCAGCUCUAACUUGUGCUCUCUGAGAGGUGGCGAGGAAAGAUUUGCUUUCUCUUGUAUCUGGGAAAUGGACAAAAAGGCAAAUAUUUUAAAUACGAGAUUUCACAAAAGCAUAAUCCGUUCUAGGAGAGCUAUGACUUACGAAGAAGCUCAAAUUACAAUUGACGAUAAAAGUAAAAAUGAUUCUAUAGCUGCGUCAUUAAGGAAUUUGAACAUGCUAGCGAAAAUUUUAAAGAAGCGACGGUUGGAGAAUGGAGCUCUAGUCUUGGCUUCACCUGAAGUUAAAAUCUUAAUGGAUUCGGAAACAAUGGAACCCCUUGAUGUCGAAGUUAAAAAAUUAUUUGAAACCAAUUCAAUGGUAGAAGAAUUUAUGUUAUUAGCAAAUAUUAGCGUGGCCCAAAAAAUUUUACAAGAGUUCCCGGAAUGUGCAAUGCUUAGGAGACACCCAACACCGCCUUCUUCUAAUUUUGAUCCGUUGGUGAAAGCUGGUAAACAUCUUGGAUUUGAUAUUAAAAUAGAUUGUGGUAAAAACUUGGCUAAGUCGCUAGACGAGGCUGUAAACCCCAAAAAUCCAUACGUAAAUACUAUGCUAAGGAUUCUAGCGACUCGUUGCAUGUUGCAAGCUGUAUAUUUUGCAAGCGGUACUUUACAAAAAGAAGAUUACUUUCAUUACGGUUUAGCCGUUCCGUUAUAUACUCACUUUACCUCGCCCAUAAGAAGAUACGCAGAUAUUAUCGUACACAGGCUUCUGGCAGUGACUUGUGGAGCCGACGCGACAUAUCCCGAUCUUUUAGAUAAAGAAAAAUCAAGUAAUCUUUGUCAGAACUUAAAUUACAGGAAUAGAAUGGCUCAAUAUGCUGGUAGAGCUUCUGUUGCUUUUAAUACACACAUAUUUUUCAAAGGCAAAUUGCAAGACGAGGAUGGUUAUAUUUUAUACGUCCGAAAGAAUGCCUUGCAGAUAUUAAUACCAAAGUAUGGUUUAGAAUGCACCUUGUUUUUGGCACCAAAAGGAGAGACCUCCAAUAUUUUUUGUUAUAAUGAAGAGGACCAAACUCAAGAAGCGGGGAGUAUUGCACUACAUGCUUUCGAUCCGAUUAAAGUUCGACUAAGUUUAGAUUCUAACAAUAUUCAACAUGAAAAAUUUGCCUUGCAACUCGUGAAGCCCUAUAUUGAAGGUUUUAGUGUUUUACCAUUAAGUGAAAUAGAAGUAAACGGGAAUGAGAAAAAACGGAAAUCGACAAAUAAUGAGCACAAGAAGAAAAAUAAAAAGAAAUCUUAAUCUUAAGUAAUUGUAUAAUUUUUGUAUUACAUUUGAAAAAAUUAAAAUGUAUUUCUUUAUUCUUAUCUACUUAUUAUUUCACGUUCCAGUAAAACUUACACCUAUAGGUUGAUCAAGGUUUAGUAUUGAGUAAGUGUUAAAAGUUAAAUUACAUAUAUCGGGUGUCUCAAAAUUCACACAAGAUUUGAAUGAUGUGCCACUUGAGCGGUAAAGUGUUGCCAAAGCAAAAAAGAGACAGCUGACAGUUCAUAGACAGUUAUUUAAAAUGGAGCGUUACACUAAAGAACAAAGUGUUUUAAUUGUUGGGCAAUAUUUUAAAAGCCGGGAAUAGUGACUUAACUUCAUCAACUGUGAGGAGAUUAAUUGAAAAAUUCAGGAAGACUGGAUCAAUCAGUGCUCUUAAACACUGGCCGUCCUUCAAUAAGUUGUCAAACACAAAACAUCGAAGCAGUUCAUGAGAGUGUUGCUGAGACUGUGGUUAAGAAUUUCACAUUUCAAGAAGCUCUCUAC